CUCACGACUUUUCUGAUAUACCUAACAUUCAUGUCAUUUCAUUUCUUCGCUAACUACUACACAGAAGAAUGAAGAUCCUAGUUUUGUUAACGGCUUGUCUUCUGGUGGCAGCUGAUGCCAGACCGACAAAAGAGGAGAGAUUCCUGAAAGACACAUUCCAGGGUGUAUUAGAUCAACUGAAGGUUCAACUCCAUGCCUUGGGAGGUACAUUUACAGAUACAUUUAAACAAGUUGGACAAGCUGCUGCACAGUCUGGAUCAGAUUUACUGAGUCAGGCUUUACAACAAGCAACACAACUUGCUGCAACUGGGGCAACAGAUCUUCUAACAAAUCUUCAACACACCUCAGAUCAAGAUCCAAGCAAGAGAUUUCUGAAGGAUGACGUACAACACAUAUUGUCGCAAUUGAAACUUCAGUUGAAUGCAUUAGGUGGAACAUUCAAUGAAACCUUCAAACAAGUUGGACAAGCUGCUGCACAGCAAGGAACAGAUUUGUUACACCAAGCUUUACAACAAGGAACAAAUCUUGCAGUGAAAGGAGCUUUCAAUUUGUUGACUAAUCUUGCCCACCCAGAUGGCACAAAAGCAAGCAAAAGAUUCUUGAAAGAUACAUUCCAAGGCGUUUUGGAUAAGCUUAACGAACAACUAACUGCUCUUGGACAAACAUUUAAAGAAACAUUUAAACAAGUUGGACAAGCUGCUGCUCAACAAGGAACAGAUCUGUUGAACCAAGCUUUACAACAAGGAGCACAAGUAGCUGCUAAUGGGGCAACAAAUCUUCUGACUAACCUUCAAAAUCCCGACGGAUCAAGAAAAAGGUUCUUGAAAGAUACAUUCCAAGGUGUCCUGGAUCAACUGAAGGUUCAACUCCAUGCUUUGGGUGAAACCUUUGGAGAAACUUUUAAACAGGUGGGACAGGCUGCUGCACAACAAGGAACAGAUCUACUUAACCAAGCUCUGCACCAAGGAACACAGUUAGCAGCAAAUGGAGCAACAAAUCUUCUUACUAACCUUCAACACGCAGCAGUUACGGACGAAACAAGGAAAAGAUUUUUAAAAGACACAUUCCAAGGCGUUUUAGACAAGCUUAAUGAACAACUAAAUGCUCUUGGACAAACAUUUAAGGAUACAUUUAAACAAGUUGGACAAGUUGCUGCACAAUCAGGAACCGAUCUGUUGAACCAAGCUUUACAACAAGGAGCACAGCUUGCUGCUAAUGGAGCAACAAAUCUCCUAACAAAUCUCCAAAAUCCUGAUGGAACAAGGAAAAGAUUUUUAAAGGACACAUUUCAAGGAGUUCUUGAUAAACUUAAUGAACAGCUCAAAGCUCUCGGGAACACAUUUUCAGAAACCUUUAAACAAGUAGGACAAGUUGCUGCUCAACAAGGAACAGAUCUUUUGAAUCAAGCUUUACAACAAGGAGCACAAGUAGCUGCUAAUGGAGCAACAAAUCUAUUGACAAAUCUUCAACAUCCUGAUGGAGCAAGGAAAAGAUUCUUGAAGGACACAUUUCAAGGAGUUCUUGAUAAACUAAAUGAACAGCUGAAUGCUCUCGGGGCAACCUUCAAAGAAACAUUUAAACAAGUAGGACAAGCUGCUGCUCAACAAGGAACUGAUCUGUUGAACCAAGCUUUACAACAAGGAGCACAAGUAGCUGCUAAUGGGGCAACAAAUCUUUUAACGAAUCUCCAAAACCCCGAUGCAACAAGAAAAAGGUUCUUAAAAGAUACAUUCCAAGGUGUCCUGGAUCAACUGAAGGUACAACUCCAUGCUUUGGGUGAAACCUUUGGAGAAACUUUCAAACAGGUUGGACAAGCUGCUGCACAACAAGGAACAGAUCUACUUAACCAAGCCCUGCAACAAGGCACACAGUUGGCAGCCAACGGAGCAACAGAUCUACUAACAAACCUGCAGAAAACAGAUGGAUAGACAGAUACAACAAAUUAAAAUUAUAUUAUUGAA